GUGGUGAGCGGGACGCGUUGGUGUGACACAGUACGGGUUGAAGAUGAAGACCGUCACUUGCACCGCGCCUGUAAACAUUGCAGUCAUCAAGUACUGGGGUAAGCGAGACGAGAAACUCAUUUUGCCUCUGAAUGAUUCCAUCAGUUUCACUCUCAGCCAGGAUGAGAUGUGUGCCAAGACAACAGUCUCCAUCUCUCCUGCAUUUACAGAGGAUAAAUUUUGGCUGAAUGGCAAGAAGGAGUCGCUUGAAAAUCCAAGGGUACAAAACUGUUUGAAAGAAAUCAGGAGGCGAGCAUCAAAGAGAAAAUUUGAAGGAUCAGAUGAAAAUGUUUGGAGUUGGCAUGUCCACAUCUGCUCUGAGAACAACUUCCCCACAGCUGCUGGCCUUGCCUCCUCAGCAGCCGGUUAUGCCUGUCUUGUGUAUGCUCUGGGUCAAGUGUAUGGUGUAGAGGGGGAUUUGUCAUCUGUAGCCCGCCAGGGGUCAGGAAGUGCCUGCCGUAGCAUUCAUGGUGGACUGGUGCGGUGGUACAAGGGAGAUGCUGAUGAUGGCUCAGACUCCGUGGCUCGGCCCAUUGCACCACCAGACCAUUUUCCAAAUUUGCGGGUCAUCAUAUGUGUGGUAAAUGCAGGCCAGAAGAAGACAGGAAGCACUGUGGGCAUGAAGCAGACAGUGGCCACAUCCAGCUUAAUGCAACACCGCAUCAGUGUGUCCCUCACAGCACGAAUAGAAUCCAUGAUGAAGGCAAUUGAAGAAAAAGAUUGGCCAACUUUCUGUGACCUUACAAUAGCAGACAGCAAUGAAAUGCAUGCUGUGUGCCUAGACACCUUCCCUCCCUGUGUGUACAUGACUGAUACCUCACAUGCUGUGGCCAGCCUUCUUCAUAAAUAUAAUGAUUUAAAGACCACUGAAAGUAAUGUUAACCAUAAGGUUUGUUAUACUUUUGAUGCUGGCCCAAAUGCCUGCAUCUUUGCCCCAGAGGCUGUAGCUGAAGAGGUAUUGGCUCUGCUGCUGCAGGCUUUCCCUCCACCUCCAACGCAGGCUGCAGAGGAGUAUGUCAAGGGGAUUCCCACUCAUCCUGCCACUCUCUCAAAGGGUGUUGGCCAUGUCUGCCGUGAGAAUUUCCUGGGGAGGUUGGGGGGGUGAGUCAGGUCGCCACGCACGUGUCGCUUCACUCUUCCUCUGGUCACUACCAUGGAAGGACCCCCUGACACUUCCCCGUCAUACACUGUCUUGCGCAGCCAGACCAAGGAAUUCAUAUUCCGCCUUAAAAGAUAUUUCUUGCAAGAGAAAGCAAAUCGGGCAACACUCUUACCUUUAACUCAAGCAAGGAACCACUCAAUAUAUUACUGUGUUUCUACUCGCAUGUGCACUUAUUUGACAAACAUGUAAAUUAAUUGUCUCAUUUUCAUGUAUAUAACUAGAAUCUUUAUUGCAUUUAAUGUACUAUAUAGCUGCAUAGGUAUUUGGGUCUCUUCUGACUUCUUUUAAAGAAGUAGAGAACGAUCAUCACUCCGUUUUCUUUGAAGAAGGUGCUGGUAUAGCAGUGGCAACGUCGCACCCAAGAGGAGCCACACCUUGUGGGUAGCUACGGAUGAGUUCUAGUAUAGUAAUGGUAAUGAGAAACAUUAAUUAUCAGAGUUUGAUGAAUGUGAAGUAGAUUAAUACAUUUUAUAUGCUGAAUUGUUUUUAUUAUUUUG